AUGCAGUCCAUUGCCACGAAUCGCUAUGACAACCGACAGGAUGCUCGCGGCACGGCGGUUCCCUAUCCCCAGCCGGCGUCUCCCACAUUGACCAACCCAGACAUGAUCCUGCCCGACUACGAUGGCCCCGAUUUGUAUCACAGCCAACCCAACAUGGGCCCAUCACUGUGGAAUAGCGGUCACCAUAUCGAGGAUGGAUUCCAGUUCACGCAGGAAUUCUACUCCAACCCCGAUCCCAUGUCGACGCCAAUCAUCUACGGCAAUGGAACCAUGCUUUCAGACAUUGGAGAGGUCACCGAGGUGGAGAGCGUCGUUGGUCCGAUACCGUCUCGCAAUGCGUCCAAGCGCUCAAACCACAGUUCGGGUGACGAAGGCCCGUUUCGAGCCUCGCUGGACGGAGGAAAGAAGUUUAUCCAGCAGCGACUUCAGCAGCAGCGCCAACAGCAGGGCAAGGAUCGCGAGCGGAGGAUGUCGACCGAAUCAACCAGCACAAUCGGAACGCACGACGGCGGUGCCUUUGUCGACUUUGACGACUCCGCCAGCCAGGGAGGCGAUAGCAUCUUUCAGGGCGAUGACGAGGAAAGUGUCGCAUCUGCGUACCACGAGGGGACGCCUGUCUCGCAGCACUUACGCGCCUAUGAUCAUAUGUCUGCCAGGAGACUGAGUGACGACGGAGCUUCCCUCAGCAAGCGAGCCGAGCAGAUUCUGGCCAAUGCUAAAAUGAGAUUAACUCACAUGGAGGACAAUCUUACCCGAGCAAGAACACUGAGCUAUUCAUCUGUGUCAGACGGCUCAACGCCAUCACCUACCACGGCAAGAGCUCCCACAUCCCUUCGCAGGCCCGGUAUAACGCCAUCUCCGACAAACCCCUCCAAGGGCACAAACGAGAACGGAACUGCUUUCGGAGCGACUUAUGGUGCACAAAAGACGUCAGGUCAUCCUCAACGUUCCGCCAGUGCUCUUGGCUCUGCCGGAGGCUAUCGACGGCCCCUGCCUACAUCUAGAAGUAUGGACGGCUUAGGGAGCACGCCAGGCCACGGUUCUCAGCCGCACUUCCAUUACUACCAACUUGACAGCACUUUGGAGAGUCUGGGUGAGGGUAGAAAUGGUGCUGGCAUGAACGGGAAGCAGAACGGUUCGCGGACGACCACCUUGGCAAGUCCUACGAUGGGGGGCUUUAAUGAGUUGGGGUUGACUCGCUCCGCCUCAGCAUCGCAGAUGCGUGAUCUUCAGGAUCAACUCAAGGGCUUGAAAGGAAAGAUAUCUACUCUGAAGGAACAGGCGCGAGCAGAUAGCAUGAGGCGUCGCAGUCUUCAGAGCCUUCGCAUGCCAAGCCCCUUUACUAAUGCCACUUGGGAACCGGGUUUUGCGGACCAGCGUGGUGACCACAGCAGCAGCAGUGACGAGAAGCUCUCGGAGGUGGAAUACGUUUACGAAAACACUGGUAAUAGCGAUAACGACCAUGGACGAAAACAAGCCGAGUAUGUGGCUUCACCUAUUGCAGAAGAAGAGGAGGAAGUGGAAGAGGAAGUGAUGGUGCAAGAGGAAGAACCAGAGGAAGAGCAGGAGAGCGGAGAAGGGGAAGGAGAGGAAGGGGGAGCUGAGGUGCAUUAUGAGUAUCCUCAAACUCCCGAGCCCCAGGACAACUAUGAAGAAAAUUACGAAGAAAGCGAAACGCCCAAGGGUCGAGCUCUGGCCAGUCCGUUGGAAAUGAGCCAACAGGAAGUAACUGAUGGCAGCCGGAGCUCUUCGCCAGCCGAGAGCGUUUCCACCGAGUACACGGAAGCUGAAUCGAGCCCCGAGGCCGCCCGAGAUGGCUAUUCCAGCGAGAGCGAAGAGUCGCUUUAUCACGAAUCUUUCCAGCAGCCCAUUUCCCACGAAGAUCGAGAAGAUGCCUUUGAUUAUGAGCACUUCUUUCUGCACUCCGCCAUGGGCACUAUGGGAGGGCGACGACUGCGCUCGGAAAGCGUGAGCUCGACGGGCUCGGUGGAAACGGCUCGUGGCCCAACACGACAGUCGCAUAAGCGGAGCAACAGUGCAGAUUCGACAGCGUCUAUCGACACGUUUGCCACGGCCGCAGAGGAUCCCGCCAGUCGUAGUUCAACAGCCCAGUCGGGUUUCAGGGUCUAUACUGCGGCCGAUUUGUUUCAGGAUGCCCGAGAGAGACACGCGAGGUCAUUCCGAAACUCAACCGACAGCGACGGAAUUGUCUCUAGUCAGGUGCACCAGCGGAGCAGCACCAUGACGAUGGCUCGACCAGUUAGUCACAGCUCGAUCAAGACUAUGCACCGGCCGUCAUACUCGUCCUUUGAAUCGGUGGGAACGAACAGGAGCUUUCCACUCGUCAACAAGGCUAAGCUGAACGGCGGUAUCUUGACACCCAGUGGUUCUCCCGAUCAGCCACUCAAGCGGAUCAGAGACUCGCUGUUGACUGAUGCUUCGAGCAUUUACUCUCAAGCCAGCAGCAACAGCCGAGGCGGACAAUCACCCGCUCUCCAGGUCUUGUCCAAGGAUGUCCAGCUGACGGUGGAACGAUUGGUGGCGAGUCUCGGCAAGUGUGUAUUGGCACUAGGUGAAGCGGAUGGAGCUCAUCCCGGCGGUCAUGAGUUGUACAAACGGAGGAUUGAAGCAGCCCUGCGAGUUCUCGAGGGAGAGGUUGAGCUUCCUUGA